ACUAUAUUUCAACUAUAGUAACAAAUACAGAACGGAGUGCCCGUUUUAUAUGUAUGACUCAACUCAAAGACAUCAGCCAUUUUUUUCCAACAAACAAACCAGACAGAUAAAAGGCCCCUGUUAAGAACAGGGAGAUUGAACCUAUUUUCCAGAAACAGCUGUCAUGUCAACACAGUCUCCACCCAAAGUCUGGUCUGUGGGCUGCAGGGGGCCAGCGCUGACUGACAGAGGCCCUGCCGUGAAAGGCGGAGAGCUCCUCAUGGGCCUCAGCAUGCAGCCCCUUUCCCAGACCCGCCUUGAGGCCUCCGGCCGCUCUACGGGAGGCCUCCGCUCCUUCCCCAGACCUCAUCCACAAACCUGUGGGGCAGCAUAGAAAAGUUCCUGGAUUAACGCAGAAUUAACACAAAGCAGAGACGCCACCUCAGCCCAACACCGAAAACCAGCAAGCGACUGAACGAACAGAAAGAAAAAACUUUUGUGGGAGAAGCAGCGCACAGCAGAGACUGAGAGUGAAACAGAGACAGAGAAACUCAAAACGUGUCCCAGAGAGCACAGAGAUCCUGCGGCCGGGGACGGGCAUCCUUCCUGAAAGGGGACCCAAGCUUCAGAAGCAUGGAGGAAAAACAAUUUUCUGGCAUUUUGAACGGCGCAGUUCCAGGGGAGCCUGUGAAGAAAGAUGAAAACUCCAGACGGGGGAACUGGGGAAACCAGAUUGAGUUUGUCCUCACCAGUGUGGGUUAUGCAGUGGGGCUCGGAAAUGUCUGGAGGUUCCCAUACCUCUGCUACCGGAAUGGAGGAGGUGCAUUCAUGUUUCCAUACUUCAUCAUGCUGGUGUUUUGUGGGAUCCCCUUGUUCUUCCUGGAGCUCUCGUUUGGCCAGUUCACCUCCCUGGGGUGUCUGGGAGUAUGGAAGGUCAGCCCCAUGUUUAAAGGUGUGGGAUAUGGAAUGAUGGUGGUCUCCACUUACAUUGGGAUCUACUACAAUGUGGUGAUUUGCAUCGCGUUUUAUUACUUCUUCAUGUCCAUGACAAAUCUGCUGCCCUGGACGUACUGUAACAACCCGUGGAACACACCUGACUGCAGUGGGGUGAUGGGAACCCCACGAGCGAACGCCACCUUUGCUAACAUGUCUGCUGUCGUGUCGGGGGUGACCGAGAUUGUGAACCGCACAAAGAGAACCAGUCCCAGUGAAGAAUACUGGAGAAACUAUGUGCUGAAUGUCUCUGAUGGUAUCGGCAACUUUGGGGAAGUGCGUCUUCCCAUCCUGGGCUGCCUGGCUGUGUCUUGGGUGGUGGUGUUUCUGUGUCUCAUCCGCGGAGUCAAGUCAUCCGGCAAGGUGGUGUAUUUCACAGCCACUUUCCCGUACGUGGUGCUCACUGUUCUCUUCAUUAGAGGAAUCACACUGGACGGAGCCGUCAGCGGCAUCAAAUACUACCUGACCCCUCAAUGGGAGAAAAUACUCGAUGCAAAGGUGUGGGGGGAUGCGGCCUCACAGAUAUUUUAUUCUCUGGGCUGUGCCUGGGGUGGACUGAUCACCAUGGCUUCAUAUAACAAGUUUCACAAUAACUGUUUCAGAGACAGCAUCAUCAUAAGUGUAACAAACUGCGGCACUAGUGUGUUCGCCGGCUUUGUGAUUUUCUCCAUCCUGGGCUUCAUGGCUCAUCAUCUGGGAGUGGAUGUGUCAGAAGUGGCCGAUCACGGACCGGGUCUGGCAUUCGUUGCUUACCCAGAGGCCCUCACUCUGCUUCCCAUAUCACCGCUCUGGUCCCUGCUCUUUUUCUUCAUGCUCAUUCUGCUGGGGCUGGGCACACAGUUCUGUCUGCUGGAGACACUGGUGACAGCUGUAGUAGAUGAGAUCGGGACUGACUGGAUUAUCAGAAAUAAAACAUAUGUCACUCUGGGUGUCGCCAUCAUAGGCUUUCUGCUCGGUGUGCCGCUGACCACACGGGCAGGGAUAUACUGGUUGUUGCUAAUGGACAACUAUGCUGCCAGUUUCUCUCUGGUUGUCAUCUCAUGCAUCAUGUGCAUCUGCAUAAUGUAUGUCUAUGGCCACAAGAAAUAUUUUAAAGAUGUGGAGAUGAUGCUGGGAUUCCCUCCUCCAAUCUUCUUCCGGAUCUGCUGGAGAUUUGUGUCCCCUUUAAUUAUUAGUUUCAUUCUGAUUUUUACCGUGAUCCAAUACAAGCCUAUUACCUACAAUGACUAUGUAUACCCUGGCUGGUCGUUGGUCAUUGGGUUUGCCAUGGCGUCGUCUUCAGUUAUCUGUAUACCCGUCUAUGCUCUGUAUAGGAUUGCUAUUUCUGAAGGAUCCACAUUUUUAGAGCGAUUGAAGAACUCCGUUAAGCCCGACCCGGACUGGGGCCCGGCCCUCCAGGAGCACCGCAAGGGACGUUACGCCACCAUGGGCCCCGAUGGUGUGGAGGUGUGUCCUCUCAAAGAAGAUCUCAAGGACGAGGUGAUAGAGAAAGUGAAGGUUAAAGAAACAGACCAGGACGAGAUCGGUCUGACCAUCCCCGGAAGCAACGGCUCUACGUUGAACCCCACGCCCAGCGCAUAGAGGAGCCCCUUCCCACCCUUCCCCCAGGACGGUUCCCAUUCCCCGCCGUCACCUGCUGCGGGACAGGCCACUCUCGCUGGAGACCUUUACAUAUUGUAAGGGCUUUACGAAAUCUAACCUCUAGAGAAAUUGGUUGCCAUCCAAAACCUUUUUCUUUUCGUUGACAUAAUUUAACACUGCAGUUAUUUUAAAGAAGAAAAGACAUGUUCAUAUACAGGAGACGUUUGCAUACACGCAGUGUGUAUAUAGCGCAUUGUACAAUAUUUUCACCCUGUGUUGAGUAGUGUGGAGACGUGACCUGUAGCUACAGGAGCUACAGCAGGAUUUUGGCUCAUGUGUGUACAGUGGUGGCAGUGCUGGUCAGGUUGAAAAGCAGAAGACCAAAUAUUCUUUGUCGCAAUGCACGUUGUAAAGGGGAGCGUUCAUGUUUUCUGUUUAUUAUUGGCACCAGUGCCACGUAUGCCAUGUACUGUACAUACAGUUGGUCGAUGUGUAGCACUCGUUUGAAAUGGCUUUUUCAAAAUUCAGAUGUCAAGAAAGAGAGAUUGACUUAUGGGUAAUGUAAUGCAAAUAAAUGAUUUCAUUGUAGCAAAUGGGACAAACUGUUUAAGUUUAUAGCUUCCAGUAGAUAGAGCAACACGCAUAUUUACUCAAAAAGAAACAAAUAUCUAUUAUCCGUUAACUAGACUGAAAAUCAAGCACUGCACGUCCCUUCAAGCAAGAGCACAAUACAAAGCAAAGGAUAUUUGGUCUUCAGCUCUUAUCACAGUUAUUGACGGAGGUAUUUGGGUCAAGGCAUACUGUAUAACUUCUCAAGCCCAUUCUCAGGGUUACACACAGUUUGUUUUCACGAAACAUUUUCAAACACCUUGAGAUGAUUUCCGCUGACAUUUUUGCCAAAAUCCAACUAGUCUUCCAAGCAUUUUGGAGCAAAACGUGAGCCGAGGCAUCUCUGAGCAAAGGGGGAAUGUGUGGAUCUUCUGGCUCCUUGUUAGAUUCAGUACUUUAGUAUGCACACUAACCCCGCUCUUCACUGAAAAAGCAUGUUACCAAAAACGUGCACGUACAUGAACCUCGAUAUUCUGCCGGUGUGUUUUAUACGUGUGUUGCAUCUACUCGUGUUAAGAGACUUGAACUGGCGUGUAUCUCUGUCAUUUAAAGGCAGUCUUGAGCUAGCGGUGCAAUGAGGUUGCAUGCAAAAACACUGGAGGGUUCUCCUCAUAACCUGUUGUUAGAUGUUAACUGUUAAGUAGUGUGUAUUUUUUCUUAUGAUGUCGUAAAAUAACGUAAAAUCAAGUUUUAUGAGAUAAACGAAGUUAUUUAACAUUUGAACAAUUUGAACCACAGCAUGUUACUGUAGGUUAUGACUGCAAACAACAGACUUUAGGAUUUGGUUUGGUUGGCAAUAGGGAGGGGGUGACCCGGAUGGAUAUCUUGGUCUUUGACUUGUCUCGUGACUUUUGGUACUAGGCUUUGGCAUAAUGAAUAUAGUAAAGAUGCCUCAUAUCAUUCCAGUGAUGUUUUAUCAAGGCCCCUCUCUUACAAUUCACACGGUUGUAGUGGCACAGAUGCAUGGAGUCCUGGUUACACUGUGAAUAUGUUUAGGAUGUUGCGUGACGCCACUUCACGUGGAGUCGAGCAAUGCAGCUGCUAAUGUGCCGAUGCUCAUAUAUGUCGAGACUUCUGAUUAUUUUGUUUUCGCAUUUAAUCACUGUAUAUAGUCAAGGUCGAUGUAGUUUUAUUGUUAUUUCUCUUCUGUAUGGAAGAAGCGGAAUACACGUCAAGUCAGUAUUCAAAUAGUCGAUACCUGGCACAAUAGUCUACGUCAGCGUUUUAUGUACAUUUUAUUAACCUCUGCAUGAAGGUAUGAUAUAUAUAUUUCAGAUUCUAUCCAAAAAUAUACAAACACAAUCUAACUUAAAAAAGCAGCAAAAAAAAUCUAACCCAGCUGCCUAACAGGAGGUAUCAUACGCUCAGGGGAGUAGUUACAGGAGUCCUUGGUCUUUGUGAAGUACAACCAAUCUUGCAGGAAACUGUAGUUUUUCCUCUGUUAAGGUAGAAGAAAGCAGCAAAAUGCAGCAGAUGCUCUGUGCGCUGCCAGGUUUAGGGGUCACUAGACAACUAGACUCGAUACUAACAGCACUUUUUUACUGGUUCACUUUAGCCGUCUACACGGACGGUAGCUACAAUGAUUAAUCGCUGUCAGAAUUGUAAAUGCACAAGAUUGAAACUUGCUGUUGGCCUCAUUCGUCCUCAUGUCUUGUCUGAUGUGUGGUCUGUGUCCUUGAGCGUGGCAUGAAGACCAUGUGUGUGUGUCUCUAGGUACUGCAACGUGAGCGGUCCUAGAAAUUGAAAAGCAAACUCUAUUACAGUAGAAAUGUUAUGUAUCGGGGUCGUUCGCACCCUGUUCCCUAACUCUGUUGUACAGUGAUGUAAACUCAACAGAUGUGUAUGUGUUUUAUGUUUUUUUUUUCAGGGUGGGUCGGGAUUGGGGGGAAAUGCUGUAGGUGGGUUUAUUUUAGUUGUUUUUACUUGAUUUGUUAUAGUAAGCUAUCUAAUGUUAUGUGUACAGAGUUUUGUGUGUAGUGGACGUUCAACUGCCGAUUAAGUGUAGGUUGUUAGUGCCAGUAUUGAUGUCACUUUUAAUCUGUAUGUUAUUAUCCAUUUUACCUUCGUAAGAGAUUUUCCUUCUUAUUUUUAUAUAGUACUAAAACUGUAUUUUCUCAUCAGAUGUAAUCUUUUUUUUUGCUAUGUUCGGUGACACUACUCUUUGUUUUCUUAAACUUCCACGAGCCAGCUGAUCUCAGAUUGCCAAACAAAAGCGUUGGACUAGAACUUGAAACAUACAGGAAUGCUUUUUACGUAAGUGUUAAGCCAACAGUGCUGUAUCUUCAUCUCAGUAUUAUACAGAUGCGUAUUUGUAGUGUGCUGCAAAACCCUUUGAUAACAUCGUAAAAUGAAAUGGAAAGCACAUUCGAUGAAAAGUGCGUUUUAAUAUAAGUGUGCCAAUCUUUUAAUGUUUCUCAAUGUGAAUUUGAAAUUUCAUCAGCAUUAAUACUUUGAUAUAUUAACAUAGAAGUAAACUAUGUUGUAAAUGACAAUAGAUCGGAUAUCGACCAGAUAACACAAAGGUUUGUAAGACCAAUCUUCAAUGCUUUCGAGUGGACUUUGCUUCUUUGCCUGGCUCUGAAAUUGUUAGUAGAUUUAUUUGAACUGUGAUGACACGCACCCUGAAAUGAAAGAGUUGGCUGUCAUCAGAUUAAACAAAAAAAGGCAAAUGCACACAGACAAAUACCUCUAUCCCAGAUGGAAAUAGCACAACUUUGUGGCUGUAUGAAGUGUAACUUUAAACAAAAUCUAUUGUUAAUCGACAGCAUGUUCAUGUUGUGACAGCACAAAAGAUAUCCUACUGUAUGUGUAUGAAAUCAUCAAUAUUACAAACAUCUGUCCCAUAUCCUGUAUGCUAAACAAAGUGAUGUCUUUACAAUAGUGUGUGUACUACUGUGCUCAUGGCAAUAUAAACGUGAAGUUGUAGAAUGACAAGCACAAUGACAUGAGCUCAGUGCUUUCAUCAAAUAUAUCUAACCAUGUCACGUUCAAAUUUAGGGCCAAACUUUAUUGAAAUUGUCCUAGUCAUGUCAGUAUCUUAAACUGUUCAAUUUGCAAUGGUAAAUAAAGUUUAUUUUAAAGUUCA